AUGGGCGAUCUCGACGAACUCGACCGAUUACUUCAAGAUCAAGCAUACGUCAACGGCUUUACACCAUCUGACGCCGAUUUUCGUCAAAAAUCGCUGAUUAAUUCAUCGCAGCUCAAAAAUCGGCCGCAUCUUGCUCGCUGGUACCAUCAUAUUAGCUCGUUCGAACAACCAAAACCUUCUGAAAUUUCCAAAAUGACCGCUGAAAACUUGCCGCAACGCGUUUUGGACCAUCUCGCCGCCAUUCCGAACGGAUUUAAUAGUAUUGAAUUGGCGAAAGAAUGGAAUCUGGACCAUCAGAAAUUGAUCGGAGCGAUUAAAAGCCUUCAAACCAACGAUGGUGUCAUCGAAGCGAAGGAUGUGACGGAGAAGAAGACUGAGCUCACCGCCGAAGGUGUUCAAAUGGCUCAGGAGGGUUCGCACGAGUUUCGCGUUUUUGAGUUUGUCGGUGCUGACGGCUGCGCGCAAGCCGAUGUGUCGAAGCAGCCAUUCGGAAAAGUUGGAAUCAGCAAGGCGAUGGCUGCUGGUUGGGUGGCCGUCGACAAGAGCGGUGGAGCUGUGCGAGUUGUUCGCAAGCCCGGCGUCGCCGAUGUCGUCGACGUCGUCCGUCAGCAACUCGAAGCGUUGAAGACCGGCGGAUGUGUGUCGGAUAAGGAGAAGGCUGAAUUGAAGAAAAGAAAGCUAAUCUCGGAAGUGAACAUCAAAGGUGUCAAAGUGACGAAGGGACCAUCAUUCACAACGAUUCUCGAAAAGCCCGAGCUUGAUCUAACACCGGAGAUGAUUGCCUCGGGUUCAUGGAAGAGCAAAACGUUCAAGAAGUACAACUUCGAAGCUCUUGGCGUGGUGCCAAACAGUGGGCAUUUGCACCCGCUGAUGAAAGUGCGUAGCGAAUUCCGUCAGAUCUUCUUCUCGAUGGGCUUCACGGAAAUGGCCACCAAUCGCUAUGUGGAGAGCUCGUUCUGGAAUUUCGAUGCGCUUUUCCAGCCGCAACAGCAUCCGGCUCGCGACGCGCACGACACAUUCUUUGUGUCGGAUCCGGCGAUCAGCACCAAAUUCCCCGAAGAUUAUUUGGAGCGUGUGAAGACGGUUCAUUCGAAAGGCGGCUACGGAUCGGCGGGAUAUAAUUAUGAUUGGAAAAUUGAAGAAGCUCAGAAGAAUGUGCUCAGAACGCACACGACAGCGGUGUCGGCUCGUCAACUCUAUCAGCUUGCUCAGGAGGGAUUCCAUCCGGCAAAACUGUUCUCAAUCGAUCGCGUGUUCCGUAAUGAGACGCUCGACGCGACACAUUUGGCGGAAUUCCACCAAGUCGAGGGUGUGAUCGCCGAGAAGAAUUUGAGUCUCAGCCAUUUGAUCGGCAUUUUCACCGAGUUCUUCAAAAAAUUGGGAAUCACCAAUUUGCGCUUCAAGCCGACGUACAAUCCGUACACGGAGCCGAGUAUGGAGAUAUUCGCCUAUCAUUCGGGACUCGCCAAAUGGGUCGAAAUCGGCAAUUCGGGAAUGUUCCGUCCCGAAAUGCUUCUGCCGAUGGGAUUACCGCCCGAUGUCAACGUUGCCGGCUAUGGAUUGUCGUUGGAGCGGUGA